AUGGCUCAAAAAACUGUCUUGAUUACUGGCUGCUCCUCAGGAAUUGGCUUGGCCAUAGCCUCUAAACUGGCCAAGGAUGAUAAGAAAAGAUUUAUGGUCUAUGCCACGAUGCGGAGUCUGGGUAAGAGACAAGAUCUUGUGGAUACUGCCGGAAGUUCACUGGGCAAAACACUGGAGAUUAAACAAUUAGAUGUUUGUUGCGAAAAGUCAAUCCGUGACUGUAUUAGCAGUAUUCCCAACAGGAAAAUCGAUAUACUUGUUAGCAAUGCUGGAAUGGGGAUGAUUGGACCAAUUGAGUGCCAGAGCUUGGAGGAGAUGAAGAAUGUUAUGGACACCAACUUCUUUGGACUUGUUAGACUCCUUAAAGAAAUCUUACCAGAUAUGAAGAAGAGGAAGAAGGGUCACAUCGUGGUGAUUAGUAGUGUGAUGGGAAUUCAGGGAAUUUUGUUCAAUGAUAUCUAUGCUGCCUCAAAAUUUGCAGUCGAAGGAUUUUGUGAAAGUUUAGCAAUUCAGGCAAUAAAAUUCAAAUUGAACAUCACACUGAUUGAACCUGGCCCUGUGAUCACUGAAUUUGAAAAAAAGGUUUAUGAAGAGGGAUUGAAAGUGGAUCUGUCUGCAGCUGACCAGGAAACGAGAGAUAUGUUUACAAAUAUUUACCUACGCAACUACAAGGACAUAUUUGUAAGCCUGGGACAAAGUGCUGAUGAUGUGGCUGAGCACACCAAGAAGAUCAUUACCUCAGAUAAUCCGCCAUUCCGUCAUCAGACAAACACGCUUUACACUCCCAUGACAACUCUGAAGUAUGCUGAUCCAAAUGGAGAUCUCCCCAUUGACACCUUCUACAAAAUGGUUUUCCAUCAUGAUAAAGUUUUCCAUGCAAGUCUCAAUUUUAUUAAAUUGUUGAGAUGGAGAAGCAAAAAAAGUUUUAAUUUAGGAAAAGCGAAUAGUAAAUAA